GGGCGGGUCAACGUAUUUCUGGAUUGUUGUUUUGAAGGCCUACGGGAAGAGGAGAGGGGUUAAAACAAAACGAGUUAAAGAUGGCGGAAAUCGAAGGAGAUGAGACUGCUCGGCCCGCUUCUCCGUCACUGCUACACGCAGCAGCGUCCCGCGUUAACGGAUCGGGGAUGGUCGGUUCUGGAAGCCAGGCCCCGACCCUGGUGACUUCGGGUCCGCGCGUGGUUCGGAUCGUAAAGUCGGAAUCGGGAUACGGAUUCAACGUCCGCGGUCAAGUGAGUGAAGGCGGCCAGCUGCGGAGCAUUAACGGGGAGCUGUACGCUCCUCUCCAGCAUGUUAGCGCCGUGCUCCCCGGGGGUGCGGCGGACCGGGCCGGUAUAGUGAAAGGAGACAGAAUACUAGAAGUUAACCGGGUGAGUGUGGAGGGGGCGACUCAUAAGCAGGUGGUGGAUCUGAUCAGGGCUGGCGAGAGGGAGCUGGUGUUGACCGUGCUCUCUGUGCCGGCACAGGAAGCGGACGGACUUGAUGGUGGUGAGGAAAGCACUUUGCAGCCCAGUUACGACUACAGCGACAAGCAGGCCGUCCCCAUUUCAGUCCCCACAUACAAGCAUGUGGAACAGCACUCUGAGAAGUUUGUGGUGUAUAACGUGUACAUGUCGGGCAGACAGCUGUGCUCGAAGCGUUACCGGGAGUUCGCAAUACUUCAUCAGAACCUGAAGAGAGAGUUCUCCAACUACAAUUUCCCAAAGCUGCCAGGGAAAUGGCCCUUUUCUCUGUCUGAACCACAGCUGGAUGCUCGCAGGAGAGGCUUGGAGGAAUACCUGGAGAGAGUGUGCUCAGUGCGGGUCAUCGGUGAGAGUGACAUCAUGCAAGAAUUCCUGUCUGAAUCAAAUGAGAACCACAACGGGAUAACUGAUGUGGAGCUACGGAUAUCGCUGCCUGAUAAAACCACAGCCUCAGUGAGAGUCAGAAAGAAUAGCACCACUGACCAGGUUUACCAGGCUCUUGUCGUGAAGGUUGGAAUGGACAGCACCAUGGCCAGUUACUUCGCUCUCUUUGAAGUUAUUAACCAAUCGUUUGUGCGCAAAUUGGCUCCUAAUGAGUUCCCCCACAAGCUGUAUGUUCAGAACUACACAUCAGCUGUACCCGGGACGUGUCUCACGAUGCGGAAGUGGCUCUUCAGCACACAGGAAGAGGAACUGCUGCAGGACAACCCUCUCGCUCUGCACUACUGCUUCCAUCAGGCACAGGAUGAUGUGAAGAAGGGAUUCAUUAAAGCGGAGGAUAAGGCAUACCAGCUGCAAAAACUAGCAGAACAGAGAAAAAUGACAACGUAUCUGAGUCUUUUGCGCUCAUGUGAGGGAUAUAAUGAGAUGAUGUUCCCUCACUGUGCAUGUGACUCUCGGAGGAAAGGUCAUGUGAUCACAGCCAUCAGCAUGAAGCAUUUCAAACUGCACGCCUGUGCAGAGGACGGCACUCUUGAGAAUCAGGUGAUUAUGUUCGAAUGGUCAGAGAUGCAAAGAUGGGACACAGAUGAAGAGGGUAUGGCCUUCUGCUUUGAAUAUGUGCGCGGAGAAAAGAAACCUCGCUGGGUCAAAAUAUUCACUCCUUAUUUUAACUACAUGCACGAGUGCUUUGAGAGGAUUUUCUGUGAGCUUAAAUGGAAGAAAGAGGUUGAAGACGAGGCCUCAGACAAAGGCAAUAAGAACUGUAGUAAUAAUGAUUACCUCUCGCCACUGGAGCAACAGAAGGGAUGGCGCCACCUAGGGGACGAGAUUGCCACAUCCUAAAACUCUUGUCUAGAGUCUGUGGAUCAUCACACUAGAGCAGACCACCAGAACGACCAUGUGACCACAGCAACACCCCAGCGACGCCAUACCAACCAUGUUUCCACGGAGGCAAAAGUGUGCCUUUCAGAUGCAGAGCAUUCCAUAUGGCAACCACGGCAACGCAAAAUGCCAUCAUCGUGGCAAAGCAGACACAUAACAAUCGCUGCGGGAUGUUUUGCACCAAUGGGUUCUGCUGUCAUUUCAUCAGUAGAUACUUUGAACUCGCAUAAGUACAUGUAAAAUACCACAUAGGACCAGACCUUAAGAUCUUCCAUGCCAUCAGUUUAGGAGACACGCUCUUCUGAAAGUCUACUGGCUGGAUUUUGAAGAGCAUUAGCUAAAGUCGAGCACUGUUAUCAGGGCAGAGUAGUAACAAAAGACCACUUUGUGAUUUGAACAGCA